AUGGACAAAGAAGAAAGAAAGACUAUCAACCAGGGUCAAGAAGAUGAAAUGGAAGUUUAUGGCUAUAACGUGAGUCGCUGGAAGCUUGCCUUCGUCUCACUAGGAGUGGUUUGCACUGGUGGCUUUCUUCUCCUCCUUCUCUAUUGGAUGCCUGAGUGGCGGGUGAAAGCAACUUGUAUUCGAGCUGCAAUUAAAGACUGUGAAGUGGUGUUGCUGAGGACUACUGAUGAAUUCAGAAUGUGGUUUUGUGCAAAAAUUCGCUUGCUUUCUCUGGAAACCCAUCCAUUUUCAAGUCCAAAAUCUCUAGCUAAUAAAGUUUCAAAUGGUCAUGCUGUUCAUUUAAUUGAAACUCCAACCGAAGAGAACCGGCAUGAGAUGAGCAAAUAUUCACAGACUCAAUCACAACAGAUUCGUUACUUCAGCCAUCAUAGUGUAAAGUAUUUCUGGAAUGAUACCCUUCAUAAUUUUGAUUUCUUAAAGGGACUGGAUGAAGGUGUUUCUUGUACGUCAAUUUAUGAAAAGCAUAGUGCAGGACUGACAAAGGGGAUGCAUGCCUACAGAAAAUUGCUUUAUGGAGUAAAUGAAAUUACUGUGAAAGUGCCUUCUGUUUUUAAGCUUCUAAUUAAGGAGGUUCUCAACCCAUUUUACGUUUUCCAGCUGUGCAGUGUUAUUCUAUGGUGCACCGAUGAAUACUAUUACUAUGCUCUAGCUAUUGUGAUUAUGUCUAUAGUAUCAAUUGUGAGCUCACUAUAUUCCAUCAGAAAGCAAUAUAUUAUGUUGCAUGAUAUGGUGGCAGCUCACAGUACUGUGAGAGUUUCAGUUUGCAGAGUCAAUGAAGAAAUAGAAGAGAUCUUCUCUACAGAGCUUGUGCCAGGAGAUGUCAUGGUGAUUCCAUUAAAUGGGACAGUCAUGCCUUGUGAUGCAGUACUCAUUAAUGGUACUUGCAUUGUAAAUGAAAGCAUGUUAACAGGUGAAAGUGUUCCAGUGACAAAAACCAAUUUGCCAAAUCCUUCAGUAGACAUGAAAGGAAAUGAGUUAUAUAGUCCGGAAAUUCAUAAACGACACACUUUGUUUUGUGGGACUACUGUUAUUCAAACUCGUUUCUACACUGGAGAACUAGUCAAAGCCAUAGUAGUUAGAACAGGGUUUAGUACUUCCAAAGGACAGCUUGUUCGUUCCAUACUGUAUCCCAAACCAACUGAUUUUAAACUCUACCGAGAUGCCUAUUUGUUUCUCUUGUGUCUUGUGGCAGUGGCUGGCAUUGGGUUUAUCUACACUAUUAUCAAUAGUAUUUUAAAUAAGGUAGAAGUUGGGGUGAUAAUUAUCAAGUCUCUUGACAUCAUUACAAUUACUGUACCCCCCGCACUCCCUGCUGCAAUGACUGCUGGCAUUGUGUAUGCCCAAAGAAGACUGAGAAAAAUCGGUAUUUUCUGUAUCAGUCCCCAAAGGAUAAAUAUUUGUGGACAGCUAAAUCUUAUUUGUUUUGACAAGACUGGAACUCUUACUGAAGAUGGUUUAGAUCUUUGGGGGAUUCAACGAGUGGAAAAUACACGUUUUCUUUUGCCAGAAGAAAACAUUUGCAAUGAGAUGUUGGUAAAAUCCCAGUUUGUUGCUUGUAUGGCUACUUGUCAUUCACUUACAAAAAUUGAAGGAGUGCUUUCUGGUGAUCCACUUGAUCUGAAAAUGUUUGAAGCCAUUGGAUGGAUUCUGGAAGAAGCCACGGAAGAGGAAACAGCACUUCAUAAUCGAAUUAUGCCCACUGUGGUUCGUCCUCUAAAACAACUGCUCUCUGAAUCUACACCUGCAGCAGACCAAGAAAUGGAGCUGUUUGAACUUCCAGCUAUUUAUGAGAUAGGAAUUGUCCGCCAGUUCCCGUUUUCUUCUGCUUUGCAACGUAUGAGUGUAGUUGCCAGGGUGCUGGGGGAUAAGAAGAUGGAUGCUUACAUGAAGGGAGCACCCGAGGUUAUCGCCAGUCUCUGUAAACCUGAAACAGUUCCUGCUGAUUUUGAAAAAGUUUUAGAAGAUUACACUAAACAGGGCUUCCGUGUGAUUGCUCUUGCACACAGAAAGUUGGAGUCAAAACUAACCUGGCAUAAAGUACAGAAUGUUAACAGAGAUACCAUUGAAAACAACAUGAGUUUUAUGGGAUUAAUAAUAAUGCAGAACAAAUUAAAGCAAGAAACCCCUGCAGUACUUGAAGAUUUGCAUAAAGCCAACAUUCGCACUGUCAUGGUCACAGGUGACAACAUGUUGACUGCUGUCUCUGUGGCCAGAGACUGUGGGAUGAUUCUACCUCAGGAUAAAGUUAUUAUUGCUGAAGCAUUACCUCCAAAGGAUGGAAAAGUUGCCAAGAUAAACUGGCAUUAUGCAGACACCCUAACCCAGUGCAGUAAUUCAUCAGCAAUUGACUCAGAGGCUAUUCCAAUUAAAUUGGCCCAUGACAGCCUAGAGGAUCUUCAGGUGGUUCGUUACCAUUUUGCAAUGAAUGGAAAAUCGUUUUCAGUGAUACUGGAGCAUUUUCAAGACCUCGUUCCUAAGCUGAUGUUGCAUGGCACCGUGUUUGCACGUAUGGCACCUGAUCAGAAGACACAGUUGGUGGAAGCAUUACAAAACGUAGAUUACUAUGUAGGGAUGUGUGGUGAUGGCGCAAAUGAUUGUGGUGCUUUGAAGAGGGCACAUGGAGGCAUUUCCUUAUCUGAGCUUGAGGCUUCAGUGGCAUCUCCUUUUACCUCCAGAACGCCUAGUAUUUCCUGUGUGCCAAACCUAAUCAGGGAAGGCCGUGCUGCUUUAAUGACUUCCUUCUGUGUAUUUAAGUUUAUGGCUUUGUACAGCAUUAUCCAGUACUUCAGUGUUACUCUGCUGUAUUCUAUCCUGAGUAACUUAGGAGACUUCCAGUUUCUCUUCAUCGAUCUGGCAAUCAUUUUGGUAGUGGUUUUUACAAUGAGUUUAAAUCCAGCUUGGAAAGAACUUGUGGCACAAAAACCACCCUCAGGUCUCAUAUCCGGGACCCUUCUCUUCUCCGUUUUGUCUCAGAUCAUCAUCUGUGUUGGAUUUCAAUCCUUGGGGUUCUUUUGGGUCAAACACCAGCCGUGGUAUGAAAUGUGGCAUCCACAGUCUGAUGCCUGUAAUUCAUCAAGUAGCCUAAAUUGGAACUCUUCGCAUUUUGACAAUGAAACCGAACCUGAUGCAUAUAAUAUAGAAAAUUAUGAAAAUACCACACUGUUUUUUAUCUCCAGUUUUCAGUACCUCAUAGUUGCUAUUGCCUUUUCCAAAGGAAAACCCUUCAGGCAGCCUUGCUACAAGAAUUAUUUUUUUGUUGCAUCUGUGAUUAUUUUAUAUGUUGUCAUAUUAUUCAUCAUGUUACAUCCAGUUGCCUCUAUUGACCAGGUUCUUCAGAUAGUGUGUAUACCAGAUCAGUGGCGUAUCACUCUGCUUAUCAUUGUUCUUGUCAAUGCCCUUGUUUCUAUCAUGAUGGAGGAGUCAGUGGAUCGUUGGGGAAAGUGUUGCUUGUCCUGGGUCCUAAGCUGUAGAAAGAAAAUACCAAAGGCAAAGUACAUGUACCUGGCACAGGAGCUCUUGGUUGAUCCAGAAUGGCCACCCAAACCUCAGACAACAACAGAAGCUAAGGCUUUCUUUAAGGAGAACGGAUCAUGUCAAAUCAUCACCAUAACAUAGUAAGGAAUUAGUCCCAGUGGUAUGCGAAUAGCAGUAUUCAGGAGAAUGUAAUUUCAGGACUUUCUGAUCCAGUGUGUCAGAGUGACCCCAAUGAAAUUUAUGCCAUUUGUGACCUCUAGGUUAUAGUAGCUGAUUU